AUGGCGCUCAUCAAGAAUUAUAUGCCUCCGUCAAGAGAGAACUGGGAGUGGGUUGUAUACCUGUUUCAAUUCUUCCCAGUGUUGGCAAGCUUACAGUGGGCCAUCUCCUGGUAUGGAGCUGGCAAGACAUCUUCAAAUAGUCGAUUCAAUAUCCCGGGCAAAAUCGCGUGGCUCACAAUGGAGGCGCCAGGUUUUCUCACUCUUCUCUACAUCAUGAACACGCUACCAGCAGAACAAGGCAUCGCGUCACUCCCUUGGGAGAAUAAGGUUAUGGGAGCUCUCUUCGUAAUCCACUACAUCUACCGCGCUAUCAUGACACCCUUCCUCAACCCCUCGAUGUCCCCUAUCCACCCUCUCGUUUGGCUCUUCGCCCUCACGUUCCAACUCUCAAAUGGCACCUCCAUCGGCUGCUGGCUCGGAGGCUACGGCCCCACAACCCGUGCAGAGUGGCAGAAAGAAGCAAACUUCAAAGCUGGCGGGCGCAUAGUAUUCGGUAUAAUGAUCUGGGCUCUCGGACUCCUCACUAACAUCUACCACGAUGACGAGCUGCGAGAGAUUCGCCGAGCGGCCGCACGGAAUCAGAAGAAGAGGGCUGCGGAAGCGGACAGUAGUACGGGGAAAGGAAAGAGCGGUGAGAAGGGCGUGGAUAAGGUUUACAUGAUUCCGCAGAACGGGCUGUUCACUUGGAUUCUGUAUCCGCAUUAUUUGUGUGAGUGGAUUGAGUGGGGAGGUUUCUGGAUUGUUGGGGGCUGGGGCUGUGUCCCUGCCAGGAAUUUUCUGGUCAAUGAGAUUACAGCCAUGCUGCCGAGAGCAGUCUCGGGGAAGCAGUGGUACAUUGAGAGAUUUGGGAAGGAGAAGGUUGGGAAUAGGAAGGCAAUUAUUCCUGGAAUUCUGUGAGAGGUGUCAUACAGGAAAAGGACUUGGCUGCUUUUGGGUGGCAUCAUCACAGCGGGGUAAUGGGAAUUAAUAGUAAUGAGGAUGGGUGUAUUUUCAUUAUUGCAUCAGCGGCGGUAUAAAAGGGAUUGUAGCGACAGUAAACUCCAAAUUGAAAUAAUAGCAGACCAACAGAGUCAUUCACAAUCAUUAAUAUAACCCAUU